CUCUCCUCUCAGACUUUCUUGUGAGAAGAUCAUCAUUUUUUCUUUCAUUUGCAAUCUUUUGGCUGAAAUACAAUAUCUCAUAGGUGAGCAGCGACUGCAGGUGCUAGGGCUCAGGUGUCGGCUGUGCAAGGACCUCAACGUUCGGCGAGCGACUGUAUAUCACGGGCGCAGCGCCAUUCGCUGGGAACGUGUAGGUUGCUGAAGAGGAAAGGCAGCAGGGAGAAUCAGCUCCCUUCAUGUCAGGAGCCCUGAAGAUCUUGGGUAACAGCCUUCGCAAUGUUUGGACGGCCUACGAGCACCAGCUGCACUCGCACCCUGUCAGGACACAGGCCAUCACAAGUGGAGCCCUUUGGGCCCUCGGGGACGUCUUCAGCCAGAAGAUAGAGGGGCGCAAGAAGAUUGACUUCAAGCGCUCGCUGGUCACGGCAGGCUAUGGCGCCGUCUUCAUAGGGCCUGUGGGCCACGGCUGGUAUGUGGCGCUGGACAAAUUUGCGCGCGCGCGGUUUCGCAUCGGCUCGCCGGCAUUCAUCGCGACCAAGGUUGUCCUGGACGAGGGCCUUUUUGGGCCCAUCCACGUGCUGGGAUUCUUCGCUUACAUGACCCUUGCUGAGGGCGGCUCUUGGGAGGAUGUGAAGAGGAAGUGCAAAAACGACUUCUGGAGCGCGUACGCUGCGGAGCUUGUUUUCUGGCCGGCCUUCCAGGCGGUGAAUUUCUGGAAGGUGCCUGUGCGACAUCAGCUGCUGGCUGUCAACCUGGCAUGCCUGCUGGACGCCACCUUCCUCUGCUGGAUACAGCAACAGGACGACUGGACAAAGAUUCUUCCAGGGUGGCGAGGGAAGGAGGCGACCACCAAGAAGUUGCAGGAUGCUGUGUCAUCAACUUAAAGCCCUGCAACUUCCUCAUCUUACCUGCAGUAAUAAUACGUAGAAUUGUGAACCUAAGCAUGCUGGACCCCUGUGCAUAGUAGCGGGCUCACCGUUCUUUACAAUGGUCUGAUUGAUGCUGAGUUCUGUCUAUAGGAAAUGCAGGGCAUGAACAAUGUGCUGUGAGCCACGAAACCUCGAUGAGUAGUCGAGAAGUCAUAUGCAUGCAUGCGCGUGGAAAAGAGAUAGACAGUGCCAGUGUAUGAUCCUAGAUUGGGAAUCUCUGGUUGCUUGCAACUGCAAUUGCUUUGUAGGGAGGAACAGCCAGUCCUAUGACUAUGUCUGCGGAUUCUACAGUGCGAAAUGGAGCGGGCCAUUUGAUACUGUAGCUAUGAGCGCUUACUAAGUAUGAGUUAUCAAUGGAACAUAUGUGAGAGCUUUAGAACUAUCACAGCCAGUGUUUUACAAGAGAGACAUUGCGGGUAAAUGGUGCCAUGGUCUUGUCAAAAUAAUGCAACAGGGCAACAAGCAAUUGAACACA